GUCAGGCAGCACCUUACAUGGCAGCUCUGUCACAACUGUUGUAUGAAUAUAUAAAUGGGUGAAUGAGAAACACAUUGUAAAGUUUACAUUUACUUACUGUUAAAUCGUGAUUGAUCCUGUCUCCAUGUUGGGGAUAGUUUAUCACAUCAUCAUAAGUGUUUAAUGAAGUUACUGUUGUUCCCUCACUUUGGAGAUGCUCAUGUGUCUGACGCAGAUAUUAAUAAACUCAGAGGAAAGACUCCUAAAAACCAGUUGGAUGCAAUAAACUCAACUUCAGCUCUAUGAAUGUGUUGUGGGGGAUUUUUUUAUUUUUGGGUUUCGUUAAUUGAGCUGUUGUGCAUGUAUUUUUUUUUAUCACAGUAAGCUGUUAUUUUUAAAGAACAUUUCCAUUUGUAAUAGAUUUUAAAUUGUAGAGGAAAGUGAAUUAGAAUGUUGAUUUUGGCAUACAAACUGUAUCUUUUGCUCUUAGAUGUGUUUUGAACCGAUAUCGGCCCUGAAAUCUGUAAAAAAUCUUUCCCAAAUUGCCUCACACAACUCAAAGUUUGACAUUUGUGUGUCUAUCCGUUAACGUGACAACAUGCAGUUCACAUUUGUUGUGUUGAAAGUAUUUUUUGAGAUGUAACUAGGUUUGGCCUAGUAAGAGGAAGUUGUGACUUUUACUGGGUGCUUGUUAAGACAUGUAGCUGGCAUCCUGAGAUGUUGUCAGGUUAUUAGAAAGCAGAGCAUGUCUGAAUGGAGCUUAAGGAAUAACACUGGAGACCUAGACCUUUUUACUGACCCAUUGUUAUUUUAUCUAAUUUUUGUUGUUACUUGUUUCUAAAUAAAGCAUGAAGUCAUUUUGAUCAGUUUGUUGUUUCACUAAAUAUGUCACAAGACAAUGAAGAGUUAAAUCUGAUAAAAAACAGUAAACUCGAGCUUUUAUUGUGAAAUCCGCCACAACGUGGACCUGCUUUAGUUUCUACUUCCGGAGGUCGUGGACUGUGUUGUUACGUUCAGAGUUGUGCGUUGUAAUGUUGUUAAUAUUUUUCUAAUAGUUUUGACCCGUUACAGUGCUUAGAAACCCUUAAAACUAAAGCGUUUCCUGACACAGGGACCUCGCGGCCGUUUGUUGGACCUCUGCGACGUUCAAAUGGAAAAUUACAACGUCCGGAGUUAGCAGCUAAUGUAGCUAACGUUAGCUGUGUACGUUGAAGGAAGCUAAGCUCGCGGCUAGCUAGCAGGAUGUCUAAACUUGAGCGUUUGAACGCCCGUGUGGCCAAACUGCUGACUGAGGCGGUGCAGGAGGUUCUGGAGGCGGUGAAGGAGACGGUGUCCGAGUAUCAGGCCAAAACUGCCAGAACGCAGAGAGAGAAUGAGAGUCUGAAGAGGAGACUGCAGGAGCUUCAGGACAGGAUACCCAGAGAAAGCACUCCUGUUCUACCUACAAGUGGGCCGUUACCUGAAGUUAAAGAGGACGCAGAGAAUCACGAGCAGGAUUUGAUCCUCAGUCAGAGACAUAAAGCAGAUGUCAUGGAGCAAAAUGUGAUCAAAAUACACAAAGUUGAUGUGAAGCGGGAGUCCAAAGAACCGGAGAGCCAUGGUGAUGCUCAGUCACAAGCUGAAUUGGCACAGACAUCAACAGAACAUUGCAAACAACCAUUGGAGGUGACGCAUGUUAUCGAGGAUGCAGCGUCUGCCCACACAUCACACAGUGCAAACAGGGAUCCAGGUUCAGUUGCAUCUAGUAAUGUGUGCAGCUCUUACUCCAGCAGCAGCCUGUUUGGAGUAAACCUGGCUGCCAUCAAGAGAGAAUCAGACCCAACAGAGUGCACAACAUCCGAGCAACCACCUACUCAAGAACAAUACGCCGGAUGCGUGGAUUUAAGCUGCAACUCUUCUCGUCACGCCUCUGCUGAGACCCAGAGGCCGCAAGUUAGCAGCGGACUUGUCUUCGUCCAUUCAAAUCACACCUCGCAAAGGAGGCAUGGAUUUUCAAAAACCAACAGGGCUGCCUUGGAUGGGAGACAGAUCAGGAUGGAGCACCUCAGGAGAGAUGACCUCCACCUGUGUGUUGUGUGUGGAAAGACAUUCAGCCGGGUCGGGAACUUGAGAAUCCACCAGCGUUGUCACACAGGAGAGAAACCGUACGGCUGUGUACAGUGUGGGAGGCGAUUCAGUCAGGCAGGAGACCUGAAAAAACACAAGAGGGUCCACACAGGGGAGAAACCGUACUACUGCAACCAGUGUGGGAAGAGCUUCAGUCGAGGGGAGAAUCUCAAAAGACAUCAGAGGAUCCACAUCGGAGAGACUUUGAAGAUACGGCAAACAUGGAGCGAGCACCAAUUCUGAUUACAUCAUUAAAUCAAUAGAUUCAGUACAAUUGCUUUUGUGGAGAAAAAGCGAGGGGGGAUUUUUCAUCUGUGCCCUUAGUUUAAGGAAUAGUGAGCUACAGAAUAAGUGACAAGGCCCUUGUAGCUCAUGUGGAAUUGUUAUGAGGAUUUACUUGAUGCCAGUUGUGUGAUGAUUACUAGGGCUGUAGUCAACCAAAGAGAAUAAUGCCUACAGCUCAACCAAUCGACUGGUCACAGGGAAAAACAUCUUUUUAUCUCUAGAUGAACUAAAUGCAUGCACUGAGUGCACAUUAUCUGCUUGCCUUAUUAUCCUAAAUCCAUUAUGAAUCAGCAUAAACGGCUCGUAUUUGCAUAAUCGUUUUGACCUCAUUAUUUUAGACCGGAAUGAUAACAACAGAGUCAGCAAAGAAUGGGCUGCACCUCCCCAUGUUCAAGUCAUUUCUAAAAUGGAAAUGAAUUCUAGCAGAAAAACUAUUUAAGAAUUUAGCCUGUUGUUUUAUAUUAACUUGGUCGAUUGUAUGUUGAGCUGAUAUACAAGCUGCUGUCAGGAGAUACACAGUCGUGACUCGAUAAUCCGAUCCUAAAUGUGAAACCUUCUCUUAUGUCGGAUAGCAAGGCUG